UGAUAUGGAUUUUUGACGCAACGAUCGGGCGGCUAUAAAAGCCUCAGUUGCAUUCAAAUUCAAUUUAGUUUGCUUAAAAGUGAGGACUAUACACCACAAAUAAAUAUGAACUUCUCCUGGCUUUCUGUCUUCAUCUUGGCCAUCAUUGCUGUGGCUGUUUCGGCCGGACAAUGUAAUGCUCCAUUUAAGAAAGAAGGAUCUAACUGCGUUGUCGAUCGUAUAAUUCGCGGAGAAUGUCCAGCAGGAUCGCAAUACAGUGCCGCUAUUAACAAAUGUGUCUACAAAGAUUAAAAACGUGCAAUAAUAAAGAUGAAGUAAAAUGGAAAAUAA